AUGUUCAAGAAAGACAUCACCUCCAAGCCGAAGCAGAAGCUCAAGUCUUCCGUCCAGCGCUCCCUCCGCGACUCGCUCCUCUCGAGCUACCCCCUCCUGAACCCCUACAUCGAAGAAGUGAUGCCCAAAAAGGCCUCCCUCGAGCAGAUGAAGCUGCCCGACCGCUGCUCCCUCUUCGUCUGCGAGCAGCAGCCCCUCUUCUACCAGCAGGACAACGCCACCCUCGUCCCGCACCUCAAGCUCGUCCACCGCUUCCCGCAAGCUUUCCCGACGAUUCGCAUCGACCGCGGCGCCAUCCGCUUCGUGCUCUCGGGCGCCACGCUCAUGGCCCCCGGGCUGACGAGCGCCGGUGGACGGUUGCCUGAGCCCCGGGAGGGCGCCGAGGGCGUCGACGAGGAAGGGAGGUGGAGCCGGGAGCUGGAGAAGGGGGAGCCGGUUGUCAUUAUGGCGGAGGGCAAGACGGAGGCGUGCGCUGUUGGGUUCUUGGUCGCUGGUACCAAGGAGGUUAAGGAUAAGGGCAAGGGGCCUGUGGUGGAGGAGGCGCAUUUCCUCGGCGAUGGUCUGUGGAGGCUCGGAACGGACUAA